AUGUCGACAGAGCUGGCUGUCACAGCAAACAACCAAGCCAGGCGUAGCGCAGUGCGCGCGGGCACUCCAGUGGUGAUGCUCCGGCAAAGUGUUGCUGGCUCCGUCGAUGCCGCCAACGACGAAGACGGCCCGAUGGUGGCGAAAAUGGCAGAGGAGGCUGGGGACGGCGAGGUUGAAGGGUCGGCAAGGAUUAGAAUACAGCCACUAGACACGCGGCUUCGGCUGCACUUCAAGCAGACACAGGGGUUCAGCAUGCGCUCAAGGGUAAACUUCGGUAAAACUCACAUGAUGGCCUCGCACCCGGGGCCGGUGAAUCUGAGCACCGCCAAGCUUGUGGAAUCAGGAAUGACUUAUGUCGAGGCCAGGAAGAAAAUCGCUAGGGCGACAAGGGAAGCACAUCAACAGUUCGCCCGCGAAGGCGAGCAGCAGCUCGCGAAGGAAAUGUCAUUUCGGGAUGUGAACGAGAGAGCCCAGAACGCGCACACGCUUGGCACGGCUACGCUCACCAAUAAGAUCGAGCGGAUGCAUAGGCGCGGACGAGAGCGACAGAUCAACAUGCCUCGCAACAGCCUUGAGCUCUUAAUCUCCCUGCGGAACCCCAACUUCUCCUGCGCACACAUGCGUUCGGUCGGGGAGAUCAAUCUCAGCGGGAACAAGCUGAGAGAGCUCCCCGAGGAAGCACAAAGGCUCACCAGCCUCAAAACGCUUCGCCUAGACAACAACAAGCUUAGCGGGUUACCAGACGGGCUGCUGAACCUCACGUCCCUCACGUACCUGAGCCUGCGACAUAACAACUUCUCCAACCUGCCCAACCGCUUCGGCGACCUCCACCGCCUUGAAAAGCUGGAUUUGGGCGAGAACAUGCUCAAGACGCUACCACCCACCAUGGGUCUUCUGACAUCGCUAAAGCAUCUCAAGCUGGAUGGAAACAACAUGCCUCAUCUGGCUGUGCCCCCUCUCCUCAAGACGUCGAACGGGAAGGACCAGUGCGCCAGCUGGGUCAAGCGGUGGAACAGGGACAAGAAAAGAGAGAUGUGGGUAAAUGAUGUUACCGGGGAGACUUCAGACGUGGACCCUACUUCCUCGUCGGUGAACCGCAGCAGUAACGCCUCGGCGGCAUCUGUCAACUCCACCCUUACCGUCGGGACCUUCCCGUACAACCGGAGGAGGAACGAGCUGGCAGCGAGAGGCAUUUACGAGUGGGAAGCAGCCUUGAACAUAAGCACCGGUAAGGUGUACUACAUCAACAACGUCAACUUCAGCCAUGUACAAGCAAUGCCUGCAUGCAUGAACCGCCUUGGAGACAUGACAAGGCUGGUCAGUCUCAAACUCAGCCAGAACAAGCUCCGGUCUCUGCCAAGCAGGUUGGACGUUAACUGCUUAACUGAGCUUCCUAGCUCGAUGGUGCAGUUGGACCGGUUGGAAGAGCUGUGCCUCACCAGCAACUUCUUCGCUACCUUCCCAGACUUCGCCAUGAAAAUGGCGGGCUUGAAGAAGCUUCUUCUCGGCAACAACCAGCUCAAGAAGCUGCCCUACAGCGUUGGGUUUCUGACCAGUCUCAAGACACUGCAGGUUUCUCUUUGUAACCUGACUGUUCUGUCUCUGAAAAGCUGCAAGCUGCGCCGGUUGGACGAUGAUGUUGCGGAGCUGAGGUGCCUGAAGGAGCUGUAUCUCGAGACCAACCUCAUCUUGAAUCUUCCCGAAACUUUCACCAGACUCCGAAUGCUAGAGAUCUUGGACGCAAAGAAGAACCGCUUGCAGGACUGCCCCGAGGCGAUAGGCAGCCUCUCCCUCUUGAAGCGAUUGGAGCUAGACGGCAACCGUCUGGAAGUCCUCCCACCAUCGCUGUCUCAGCUCACCCAGCUGGAGGUGCUCACCCUGUCGUCCAACCACGUCUAUCAACUACCUGACGAAAUUGUGGGGCUUGCCAAGCUCAAGACGCUUGACGUUAACGGCAACAUGCUCACGCACCUUCCGCCGGGAUUCGGCGCCCUCCGGCUUCGGAGCCUGAAGCUAUCCUACAACCGCCUCGAGACGUUGAGACAUGAGGUUUUCCGACCUAAGCUGAACGGCACAUUAAGACGGUUAUGGCUGUCGAACAACAACCUUCUCCAGCUCCCCGAUUCUUUCGUUGAGUUGUCGAAGGUGCAGGAGGUGCAGAUGGAUUCGAACCCCUACAAGUCUCCCCCUCCCGAGCUUCUCGCCGAAGGAAUCACUACCGUCAUGAAGUACGUCAGGGUGCGGAUACAUCGAAUCGACCUCUUGCACAAGCUCAUCCUCGACAGGGGUUUCGACACUUGUUUGGAAGCGCUUGUGCCGCAGUGUUGCGGGGUUCUGAUGUCCAAUACUGGGUACCUGACUCCGCCCGACCUCGACGAAUUUGACAAGGCCAUCAACCGUUUCAUCAACGGGGAUUUCUACCGACAUCCCCUCACAGCCGAAACAAUACUCGACGUCGUUCAGGACUUGAGGGCUACCAGAAAAAAGGAGUUCUACGAACGGAUGGUAGCUCAUUUGAUGGCCCAGAUAUUUUUUCAGGAGACCCGGGAUGUUUUCAGCGAGAACGUGUUCUGCAGACACACAACGCGGCCGUGGGGCAGGAGGGGUGGUCCGGUGGGGUGCCUGACGAUUGCUCUGAGUGCCCUGUUCGAAGACACCCCCAAGAACGCCUUUGUCGAGGAGUUCCGGCCGGCGUUCUGGACGGAAGCCCUCAAAAGUCUGCCGAGAACUGUGUUCGAGUAUUCACACAAGGCGCUCCGCAAGGCCCUCCUCACUCUCCGGAGCGCUUAUGGACCGAUCGCUACGUUCGAGGACCUCACCUUCGAGUUCUGUGAGUGCAUAGACCCGGACACCGGCGAGGAAAUACGGCAUCCCAAGGGAGAGUGCAUUGUCCCCGGGCUGGUGGUGGUAAAGAUCAUUUACACGGCUCAGGAAGCAUUGCGACGGAAGGAAGAGGAAAAGGAAGUCUUCGAGGCUUUCAAGAAGACCGACACUCAGGUGCGAAAGUGGAUCAAGACCAAACAGGGCAUGACUAGAGUCACGGACGAGGUCAAAAAGCGAAAAGCGGUCCAAUCGUUCAGGGUUGGCAUCAUCAACGCAUCCAUUGCCCAAUUGCAGGGGCUGGCAACGCUGAAGCAGGAGCUGCUGGUCUUCGCGCAGCAGCGAAAGAUGCAGUUCGAGAACGGAGAGCCGUUUCACUUUCAUUCUCUGGCCAACACCGAGGAGGCUACCGCUCUUGUGGAGAACGCGGAGAAGGAAGUCAACGACAAACGAGAUGAAAUUGAAGCACUGGAGCUCGAGAAGACUCACCUCAAGGUCAAACUGAAGGAGAGGGUGCCAGAGAUAGCGGCUCAGGUUGAGGACAGCCUUGUGGACAAGUACUGCUACGUCGAGUACACUGAAAUCUUUAACAGGAACAGGACCAGGGCGUUGAAGGAAGGAUGGAGGAGGCCAUGGGAUGGUAUGGACGGGGAAGAUUUCGGGAAGUGGGCGAAGGAGAGAAACUGUGUCGCAGCAGAUCGACACGAAAGGCCUGGAAACGUGGCCGAGUACAGAGCGAUGGAGGUCCCAGCAGACGACCGCGAUUGGGACGAAGCACCGUCGGACCUGUCCGAGAGGCUCAACUGGGAUGGGACCGACAAAAUGGAGACGUUCCUGAUACCGACCUUGGUGGAGUGGAAAGAAAAGCGCGCGGCCAGGGCUCUAGCAGGACUAGACCCGAACGCGUCGGCGAGCGAAGAAGAAGACGAAGGCGAAGAUGAAGACACCAAAAGUGGCGACGGUGACGACAAGCAGCACAGCGGAGUCAGAAGGGAUGACAAUGACGCCGAUGGUGAUGCCAAUCGCAGCGGUGGAGUGGAUGCCAGGGACAAGAGUGAUGCUGCUGAUGGUGACGCAGGAGCCGUGGGGGGGAGCGCAGCCAAAGCGGACGGGGUUGCCACCACCAAAUAG